AUGAUUCCGAAUUCUGGUAUUCUUGGUUUUUAUAUUAAAUUGACUCGAUAUGUUCAUCAAAUCAGUCUUCGUACUGUAUCAAAUCAUACUCUAUUUCAUGCUCGACGAGAAUUAAAACUUGUUAAACGUACUUUUAUUCUUAGUAAUACUCUUAUUGUCCUUGGCUUACCAUAUAUGAUAUUUGUUUUAAUGUCCUUUUUUACACCACCACCAAAGUAUCAUUUUCGUAUUGCUUAUAUAUGUGCUGAUAUAUCUGUAUUAGUAGUUGUAAUAAUUGGAUAUUGUUUUACACCAAACAUCAAAACGAUUAUACGAAAGAAAUUUACUCGAUCAACUCCAGUUGAACCGAUGACAAUAAGAUUUACAGCUGCAACAUACGGAAGAACUAUUACAGCAAAUUAA